ACUGACUACAGUCUUCUAUUAUUUUAUUAUUUUUGUCGCAUCAAAUAUUUGGUAGUUAAUACUCAAUAUGUCUGAAAGAAAAGUAUUAAAUAAAUACUAUCCACCUGAUUUUGAUCCUUCAAAAAUCCCACGCAUGAAACUUCCAAAAAAUAGACAGUAUACUGUACGUCUUAUGGCACCAUUCAACAUGCGGUGUAAGACUUGUGGUGAAUACAUUUAUAAAGGCAAAAAAUUUAAUGCCCGAAAAGAAGAUGCAGAAAAUGAAGAUUAUUUGGGUAUACGUAUUUACCGGUUUUACAUAAAAUGCACUAGGUGUUUACAAGAAAUAUCUUUUAAAACCGACCCACGUAACACAGACUAUGAAAUAGAAGAAGGAGCUACACGAAAUUUCAUGGCUCUAAAACUUGCACAAGAACAGGAAAAGAGAGAAGAAGAUGCUGAAAAGGAAGAAGAAGCUACAAAUCCAAUGAAAUUAUUGGAAAAUCGUACUCAACAAUCUAAACAAGAAAUCGAAUUAAUGGAAUCUCUUGAAGAGCUAAGAGAUUUAAAUAGGCGCCAAGGUAAUGUGGAUUAUGAUUCAAUGUUAUUAAAAUACAACCCUGCAGAAUUAAAGGAGCAAAUUAAGCGGAUGCAAGAAGAAGAAGAUGAAAAUACAGUAAAAAAAUUGAUGGGUAUUAAACGUAAGAUUAAUGAAAAUGAAGAUGAAGAGUUAGUAGAAUUUGAGGACAAUAUGGCCGAAAGUAAAAUAAAAAAUGUAAUUACUUCAACAGCACAGUCUAGUGCGAAGAAAAAAGUAUCGAAACUCAACCUUCUAAAUUUAGUUAAAGUUAAUAAUGUCACAAGUACCAACAAGACUAAAGAAUCUUGUAAUUCAUUAUCAUUAAUUGGCAAUUAUUCCAGUAGUGAUGAUUCUAAUUGAAUAGUUAUUAUUGUUUUGAUUAAAUUGAAAGUAUAAGUUAAAGGUUAAAAUAAAAAUUUUCAAUUUUGUCAAUACAAUUUGUCUAUUUCAAUAUAUUUGUAAAUAAUACAUUUUCAUACAAUUUAGUACUGUUUACUUUUUCACCUUACUAAAUACUUUAUUUGUCUAAUAAAAUACUUGAUAUAUGAAUAUUUUUAAUCUAAUAAUUAUUAUAUUCAAAUAUACUAGUUUUUAUUAAAGAAUUUUGAAAUCUGCAAGAAUAAGUUGGUAGUUGAAGUUACAGCUUAUGUGGCCUAGGUGGUGGGUGAACCAUUGAAUAGUUCACUCUAAUGGAUAUUUUAAAUUU